CUGUGUUCUUCGGAACCAGAGAGGUUUAUCCUCAAUCUAUCUAUCCAAUCCCGUUAUGUACAUCUAGGUACAUAACAAUCGGUAUCAGAUUCGUUCGAUCCAUGGUGAAUUUUUUGUAUCUAGCUACGGAGAGAGCUGAAGCUUAUCUGCAUUACCUUGGUCUAAAGAGAAGGUAUAGUGAGCUACUUAACGAUGUAUAUUCACCAAGUCGAAAUUAUCAUCUUUCGCAACUAGAGUCUCAAAUCUUCCUCACCAAGCUUAGGUGGGAAUCAAUUCAUAUACCACCAUCAGUGAUGAAGCAGUUAGCGUCAAUCCAUGGGGGUUAAAGAAUCUCAACAGAAUCAAGCAGAAAUUCACUCUGAAGAACCAAUAGAGGAGGAAGCUAUGGUUCCAGAAGCAACAAAAAUUGAAGAGUUGUUUGUGGAUGACGCAUCGAUUGUUGAUUCUUUCAAUUCCCUUGAUGAAUUAAUUCCUCAAUUUUUCUUUUUUGAAGAAGAAGAUGAUAAUUCUCUCUAUUUCGAAUUGCUCAUUCCUUCGUUUUUGUUCGAUGAAGAGGAAAAUUCGUUUGACAAGGUGAGAUUUCAAUCUAAAGGAGUUAUCAGUUCUGUGGUUAAUUCUGAGCCACUUGAAUGCUCGUAGGAAUUGGUCUUUCGUCACAAUAACCUAUAUGGUAAGAGUCGUUUUUCUCUUCUCUUUGAUGCUUCUCGCAGCAUAUUUGAUCGAGGUAAACGUAUCCCUGAUUCUUUCAAUUCAAAUGAGAAAUUGAUUGUUCCACGGAUUUCAAGUUUGGGGUAACAAUUAUAUUUCUCGGAUAUCCUUUUGAUUGUGCGUUUGUGUAUUACUGAUGCUACAUUUCAAGUUGAGAGUAAACUGUUUGAUAAAAUGUCCGAGUUUGUGCAUUUGAAUGAUGUUAGUGUAGAAUUUUUCUGGCAGCUCAAAAUGGAUAAAGUAUUUGAUCGUGGAAAAGAAUAUCAUCUUAUUCCAGGGUUAUCAUCUUUUAUUAAUUCUUCUAGGGACAAUUUUGAUACAAAUACUUCUUGUGUGAUUGUUGGUACUGGGUUCACAUUCAUGGCUGCUUAUUAUGACAACUUCAAUUCUAAGCUAAUGGCGGAGCUUGGGUACUGUUUCAUUCUGCUAUAUGAGUGUUCAAAUGUGUUUUUGUUUGUUAAAGAGGGGGAUAGUCAUGAUAUUAACCAGCUGUUUGAACAAAGGCCUUAACAACGCCAUACUCCCUGGACAUUUAUGCUUCUUCAGGUGCCAAGACAACGUGAAUCAGGUACAUUCUUUUGUGCUUCAGUUAUAUUGGUAUGGAUUCCAACUGGUGAUUAUAGUGUUACUAGUAGGCCAGUUACCAACUUGUCAUCGUGAAAUACAUGGUUUGCUCAUGUGCUCGGUAGGAAGGGGGAAGAAAUUUUUUUAUUACAGUUGUCAUGUGACUUACUCGAGAUGCUUGCAGUUGAUCUUCUGUGAUCCAUGUGUGUUGUCAAGUGUGAGGGAACUCGCUUACCAGUCUUGCAUUCAACUAGUGCUUGUCCGUGGUCUGUUCAAGUACUUGACAUUAAAGGAGCAGCAAAAAAUUUCUUACAGUUCAAGUGUGAGUUGCUUGAGGUAUGCACUAUGUGUUUGAUAUUAUUGGAUGCGAACACUAAAAUUUCUGUUCAUGACCUACUCCUCGAUUAUGGAUAUGGAUUCAAAUUGUGGCAUCGGAACUCCAGGGUAAUGGCGAAUUAUAGUGGAAAAUUUAUUUAUGCUUUUGUUUUCAAAUUUGGAUACUCAUUAAGGUUGUUAUGUGCGAGAUCAACUACAAUUCUGUUCGUGCAAGGGGCUGAGACUGGUGUUGUUUGCAAGUUACGGAACACAAGGUUGCAGCAUGGUACAGUUCUGUGGUCCAGGUUGAUACUUCAAGUGACAUGUACCAAUGCAGCUGGUACUAUGAUGGAGUUAUUUGAUCAACUACAUCAUAGUCGAUGGAGUUUCUAUAAUCUUCUAAUCUUACAGCUUGGAAAUGGUUCACGAAAUUCACUAAACUUCUGUGUGGUGGCAAGCCAAUAUGCUGGUGAAUCACAGAUUCUCUCAAAGAGGCUUCACUAUAAGCUUAUGUUUCUUUCUCUUCGUGCUAGCCACAUGUGUGAUGUGCCCCAGAUUCUUUUGCAAGAGCUUCUAAAUUUUUCAGUGCUCCUAUUUUUAGUUCACACAAUUGUUAGAACUCGCUUAUCUCUUUCACAAAUUGAUCCUUUUCGGCACUCCAAAUUACUUACUUCUGAAGUAUUUUCGUGGUUUAUAAUCCAAGAGAGAGUUAUACUGACAACAACACACUUCAAUUGGAAUUCUCUGCACAAUGAGCUUAGCAUUUUGGGAAGAGGGUUAUCUAUACAUUAUCGAUUACCUUCACCUCAUGUCUAUAUUAGCUGUCUGCUGCCAGUGGGUAUGAUAUUGGGAACUCAGAUCUUAGUGGUAGUAUUUCUGAUUCUUAAAAUGUUUUUGUGGGUAGGAUACUUGAAGUGGAAGUUCAGAUUUCCACCUGGUUUGUCGAGUAUGAGAAAUGUUAGAUGGGUUGCUAACAAUCUUAUCUCAGUGGUGUGUACAAUGCUUCAAUGGGAUACUACUCUCUGGAAUUCAGUGGUAAUUCAGGUCCUAAAAUAUUAUCAUGCUGAGAAGGCAAAGGAAUGGGCUAGUAGAAGACAUGAAAACUGUGUGUGGAGUUCUCUUAUAGUGGGAACCUAUAUCAAGACUGUUGGAGCCAAGGGGCGGAUCUCUCCUGCAGUUCAGGAUGGCGACAUAUUUGGUGUGGAAUUCAGUUCCGGUGGGGGUUGUGGUACCAACAUAGAUAGAAAUUUGCAGUACCUAGUGAUGCUAAACCGAACCAUGUGAUGGCUGGGAUUUCUACUCAGGUUAGAAUUUUACAUGGGUUUACACCAAGGAAAAUUUUCACUGAAGUUUAUGCUGUCACUGUUGUCAUAAUGUUCACAUAUGAGGCAAGGGUCUAUACAACAGCUUCUGAACAACUAGAAUGGCUUGCAUCCAAGUGUUGUGUUCCUUGCCAGUUCUUGAAGCUUCGUCAUUCCAGUGAAUAUCAAGUCAUGACUGAUGUUACCCGAGUAAACUUAAAGGCCUUUCAUCUCCAGUAGAACUUCAAGUGCAAAGACGUAGGUGUACUAUUUCAGAGCCGCAAUCCAGCAUACGCAAUCCCAGCAUGCGCAAUUUCAGGAAGUAAUACCAGCAUACGUAGUGCCACACUCCAUGGUGAUCAAUGCCACAUAUCCAAACCAUUGUUGUGCAACAACUACUCUUAUUUGUAUGGCAAUUCAUUUUUACCUUGGAGAGAGUCGCCUCAAGACAACCAAAUAGUUCCUAGUACUACAUUCAAGAUAACAGAGGAGGCCGCAAUUUUCAUACUAUUAACAGGGAACUUUUUCAGGCCUCAACUUUUAGUGGCGGGAAGGCUCUGCGAAGCUGACAUCUCAGUUAUAUAUAACCACAAGUUGCAGAAGCUACAAGAAAUAGAAGAAUUACUCAUUCAGUGGCAGGAGGUGCUGCUAAAAGUUGCAGAAGUUGUACAUCUUGUUCAUACAUGAGGUGCAAACCCCAGUUGCGGUUCGUGACCAGUUAGAGGUAGGAUAGUUGUUCGGUGAGCAUGGAGAUGAAGUACUUACAAGUCUUGCCUGGGGAUAUACUCAGCAGUGGGUUAGUGUCAUGUACCCGGCAUGGCAAGGGAGUGCUGCUCAUUAGAAUGCUCAUGCAAUCCUUCAUCCUUGAGGACAAGGAUGCUUUCAAGGGGAGUGGAAUGUCAUGUACCGGGCACGGUAAGGGAGUGCCCAUAUCCUAUAUGUGUAUGUCAUUAGUAAUGAUAGUGUUAUUUAGUAUAGUUAGGAGUGGUAAUUAGUAGUAAGUUUUGGUCGGUUGAGAUGUAACCACCUCGUGAGUUAGUAGUCGUUGGAUGAUGAGGGAAGAAAUGCCUAUCUUUAUAAGACAGUCUGUAAUGAAAAAUGGCAGUCAAG